GAUUAGCAUUAAAUUUGAUUAGCAUUCUAUUGGAUAGCAUUUAUUGAUUAGCAUUUAUUUGGCAUUGCCUGUUUCAUCUGUAUUUUUUUUUCAAUAAUAUUCUUUUCAAAGAAAAUAGAAUGGUUGAAUCAUACAAAACUGUUCUUUGUGACGAAUUAACUUGUUCCUACUGCAAGAUUUCCAAAAAAGCUAGUUUUUACAUUCACAAAAAUUUAUACAAAAAUGAAAAAACUGAAAAGUUUUUAUGGCAUUCACACAAGUGUACUCUUAUCAUGAUCGAUGAAUCAAAGUUAAAUACAAAACUUUCUGCACGGAAAAUAUCAUCAAUUCCAAAAUCACCAUCAACAACAAAAUUAUUUUUAUCAAAGUUAACAUUUUCUUUGCCAAAGCGAACUUUUUCAAGACGAUCAAAAAAGUUUAGUGAAGACUGGAACUACGAAGUUUAUACGACACUUUUACCUUGUAAUUACCACCGUGUAAUGCUUGAACAAGUAAAAUGGUUACCAAAAAAAUCAAAUCGAAAUGAAACUUUUUUAUAUGUCUCAUUAAAUGUUGAAAGUACUCCAACUUUUUAUCAAGAGUUUAUGAAACAAACGCCAGUUAUUUAUUAUGGACCAUGCUAUAACCAAGACUUUGAUCAGAUUGUAAAUUCUAGUUUUAACGACAGCAUGAUACAUGAUCCUAAACACGAAGGUGCUAUAGCUAAACUGACAUACACUACUGAAAAGCUCAUGCAUUUAGAGUCUUGCAUUAACGAUUACUCGAUAAAACUUGUCAGUAUGAAACUGUCUUACCAACCAGUUGUUAUAUGGGAUGUAUAUGAAGACACAAAAGGGUUUUCAACAUCACACAUUCAACUAACCGAAUCAUGUGAGAGCAAAUUACUCAAAAUUACAACACCCACACGUAAAAAUAUUUUUUCAGACUUCUUGUUUUCUUUUUCAAAAAAUAGAUUUUCAGAAGCGUCAUAUUUAAAAAACGAAGUUGUUAAGGAGAACUCAUACGAUGGUAUUCCAGACGAUAUGGUGGUGGUUGAUAUUAUCGGCGAAAACAUACAGAAUAGAUCUGACAGUUUAGUGGACAAUAGCAAAGAAAUUAAUAUUGAUACAAACAAAAGACGGGCAUUUUUUCGAAAAGAGCCAAAAUCAGACUUAGCUCAAUAUUCUGAAAAUACAAUCGACUUAUAUGUUGAAAAAAAAUGUCUUUGCGUUACAAAACAAUUGACUGGUUUGGUAAAAAGAGACAUUUCAAAUAAAGAUACCAGUACUAUAAACUCUUUGCCACCAAUGUAUGAAACAUCGAAUAAUGACUGCCGUGUAUAUUACACAACCGAUUCGACUAUCCAAACAAAAAGUUUACUUGCAACAGAUGAGAAAACUAAUCAGAACGGAAUUACUAACAAUGACACAAUUAAUAUUGUCAUUAAUCACAACAUUAUUAAUGACUUAACUAAUAAUGACGUUAACUAUGACUUAAUUUAUAAUCUUAGUACAAAUGAUUUUAUUCUUAAUGAUAUUAUUAAUGAUUUACUUAAUUAUGUUAUUAUCGAUGUAAUUAAUGGCAUAAUUAGUGAUAUCAUUAUUACUAACAGUUUGCUUGCUAAUGAUAUUGUUUCUAAUGAAAUCUUUAAUAAUAACAUCAUUCCGAAUGACAUUAACAAUAGCUGUAACACCUCAAAAAAGAUUCCUCCGAAUGUAAAAAACAAAUCUUCUAAACCAAAGACAACUGAAUUUGUCGUUUCUCAAAACAAAAAAGGCCCCUGCAAUGGAACGGAAGCAGAAGUAAUCGCUUCUUUAGACCCUUGCAAAGAACUUUUUAGUGGUAGUAGUCAAUUUAAUUGGCGUGAAAAUAAGCAAGUUAAUUAUAAUGAAAUUAGAUAUCAUUACAACGAUUCUUCAGAUAUUGUGAAAUCAAGAAUUUAUACACCCAGGGCAAUACAAAUGCAUUUAGAAAACGAAGUUAAAUCUAUUGAAAGAGAACGUCAAAAAGUUUCUAACUUGUCAGACAAGCCAUCCAUUACUUUAGAAAGAAAGAGAGGUGCUAAAAAAACAAUUGUUUUAGCAAGCGUUGUACCAGACAACAAUAAUAAAAAAGUAGAGUCGCCAUCAUUAGGACGAAUAGCAAUACCCACAGCAUUCGAGGAGCGAUGCCAAACUAAGAAUAAUAAAUAACAUAAAAUAGAAAAGUUUAUUUUUCAUUGUUUUAAGUGUUCUUGUAGAACGUGUGAGUAAUAGAAGAGUUUCGCCAAAAAAACGAAAAACAAUACCAGUAUUGUAAAGCUUUUGCUUGACCAAAAAUUUGAAAAAAUGUGUUA